UCAUGUCAUAUCAUGUCAAAUCAUAUAACUCCAUUCGCGCUAAUCAUUCUAUCUCCCCUAUUGCUAUUAUUUUCCUUUCGCCUUCAUCCAUGCAAAGAAGUCAGCUCCAAGCCAACCACCCAGCAUCGGCGACUCCAGGAUCAGAAAAAAAGGAAGACGAGACCUGCACUUCCCGCCGCCCCUCCGUUCCUUUCGUAAAAACCUAUACCAGACUGGUUGCUCAAGAGCAAAAGAAGUGGCAAUAACGAAACAGAAUCUUCUCGUCCUCCUCCUCAAUCUAAGUCCCCUUCAAC